AUGGCGUUCCUCUUCAAAUCCAAGAAGAAUCAGGAUCGAGCCCUUGCAAGCCGCGAUGGAAACUCGGGUGGUGGUUCCCAAGGUUCCAUUCAGAGCCAGCGUGAGAGGAUAGCCAGAGAAGAAAAGAGCGGUACCCAGCGCUCGACGCCGACGGGCAGCUUGAACUCAAUCGAUCGCGAUGGCAGUGCCGGAGCUGGAAGCCCCGACCAAGGCUAUGGCCGCCAGCGAGGUCCCAGUGUAGACCAGACACCGUCGCAACCACCUUCAAGCGAUCUACCCAACCAAUUGCCUCCUCAACAACAAAUGACGAACCCUAAUGCGUCGCUGUAUCCUUGGUCGCAACGACGUUUGACUUACACAUCCUCACAUCCGAGCCCCUUUCCUAGGUAUGGAGCCGCUGUCAAUUCCGUGUCGUCCAAGGAGGGUGAUAUCUACGUGAUGGGAGGUUUAAUCAACAGCUCAACGGUCAAGGGCGACCUGUGGAUGAUUGAGGCUGGGCAGAACAUGGCCUGCUACCCUCUGGCAACGACCGCCGAGGGACCGGGACCAAGAGUCGGCCACGCAAGUUUACUUGUUGGCAACGCCUUUAUUGUCUACGGCGGUGACACCAAAGUCGAUGAGAUGGAUGUUCUGGACGAGACACUGUACCUUCUCAACACCUCUACGAGGCAAUGGUCGCGAGCCUUGCCUGCCGGUACCAGACCGUCUGGUCGCUAUGGCCACUCACUGAACAUUCUCGGAUCCAAAAUCUACAUUUUUGGUGGUCAGAUUGAGGGUUAUUUCAUGAACGAUCUCGCCGCCUUUGACCUGAACCAGCUGCAGAUGCCCAACAAUCGAUGGGAGAUGCUUAUUCAGAACACCGACAGUGGUGGACCUGCCGUCGGCAAGAUUCCCGCUGCUCGAACCAACCAUUCCGUAGUGACAUUUAACGACAAAAUGUACCUUUUCGGUGGCACCAACGGUUACCAAUGGUUCAACGACGUCUGGAGUUACGACCCCGCCACAAACGAGUGGACACAACUGGACUGUAUCGGUUAUAUCCCAGUCCCUCGCGAAGGACACGCUGCAGCCAUAGUCGACGAUGUAAUGUACAUCUUUGGUGGUCGUACGGAGGAGGGUGUCGACUUGGGAGAUUUGGCCGCUUUCAGAAUCACCUCACGCCGCUGGUACACUUUCCAGAAUAUGGGACCGUCGCCCUCUCCUCGAUCUGGCCACAGCAUGACAACUGUCGGCAAGGCUGUGGUGGUCGUUGGAGGUGAACCAAGCUCAUCCCCGGCUAGCGUUGGGGAUCUCGGAAUAGUCUACAUGCUCGAUACCACAAAGAUUCGUUACCCGAACGACGCCCAAGCCGCACAACAGCCCGGCGGACAGCAGCGGAUACCACAAGCAAGACGACCCAGCGCCGCAGCUGAAACGAGGAACCUGCUGUCCCGAGAUGGUUCUACUGGCCCUCCUGAACAAAAGAGGCUUGCUGGAGGGGCGGCUCGCGACCCCUCGGCUAUCAAUAGCCCUACCAAUGGAGUGCGAGGAUCACCCAAUGGUAGCGACGGAAGUCCUGCAGCCGUCAACAUGUCGAAGCCCCCAAUGUCCGCAGCUGCUUCACCUCCCGCUGGGCCGCCUCCUCAAGGUCCGACGCCUGCAAAGCCGUCGGUGCAGACUGGCAACUUGGGCAGGGUUCGCGGCCAAUCCUCAGAAAGAGACGGCUCCGUUGGCGGCUCGCCACGAGUUGCGGCGAGUCAAUCGCCUGUGAUUCGAGAGGUUAAGGAGCCAGCUUCCAAGGACGCGGAGAGCCCGGUCGCCAACGGCCGACGAACUCCUCAGCAAGUCGCGAGGUCUGGCUCCAGCUCAAAGUCUGAUUCUGCGCCUUCUGAAUCUUCUAAACCCAGGUCAAGGCAAGGCAGCAGGUCUCAGACCUCUGUGGAUAGUACGACCGAGCCAGCUUUGAAAGCAAUGGCAACACAGCAAGCACAAGUGAAGCCUACGCCUCCACUUCAGGCGCCGCCGCCGCAACAACCGCUGCCCCAACAGCAACAACCUCCUCAGCAGCAACUACCGCAGCCCCCAGUGCAGCAACAACAACUACAGCAACAACAAGCCGUUCGCCCUGCUUCACCACCGCCUCCUACGCGACAAGUUAGCAACCCAAUGUCUCGAAGGUCUUCAGGGCGCAAUUCACAGACCGUCGCAUUGCUAAAGGAGUUGGAUACAGCUAGAAACCGCAACGCUUGGUAUGCCUCAGAGCUUGAGUUGGCCCGCAAGGCUGGAUAUGUUCCCAACGCGAGCCUUAGCCCCGUUCUUGACAGCAGGGCAACUGAAACUUUUGACGAUGAAGACAAGCCCUUGAUCGAGGCACUUUUAGCUAUGCGAACCGAGCUCGCUAAUGUUCAGGCCUCUGUUGACAAGCAGGCUGUACUCGCUGCAAGGCAGAUCGCAGAAGCUGAGAAGCAGCGAGACGCUGCCAUUCAAGAAGCGGUGUAUGCGAAGGCAAGACUUGCAGCCCAAACGGGCGGUAGCGUUGCAAGCACUCCUCAACUGGAUGGCGAACGUGAUGUCGACGACCGUUCCACGGAGAUAAGCAGGAAGUUGGCCUCUGCCCUCAACUAUCAGAAAGAUCUACAGGCACAGCUCGAGAUGAUGAAAUCGGAACUCGACGCUGAGCGACGCGCCCGCCAACUGGCCGACGACACCACGAAUGCCUCCCAGAAGCGCAUGAGCGAACUCGAGUCCUACAAAACGAUGACUUCCACGGAGCUCGAACAACUCAAAGCCGAACUGCACAUGGUCCAGAAAGAGGCAAGGGAGCAGGCGGUUCAGUACACGGAAGCCAUGGCUGCCGUCCAGCUCAUGAAGGUUGAGAAAGAGGAUUUUGAGACCAAGUACAACAAAUCCAUCGGGAACUCCAAGGAGCAGAACGAGACUUUUGACUCCCUGCGCGAGGCCAUGGCGGCCUCCGCUGAGAUGAAGGCGCUCCUCGAAAACAAGCUCGAGGAGGAGCGUUCGCAGAGGGAGAAACUCGAGUCGAAGCUCAACAAGCUGAAGGCUGAGCACGAAACACGCACGGCAGAGCUUGUUGCGGCGACUCAGCGACUGCGCGAUUCUGAAGAGAUUGCUGAGAAGCAUGCAAAAGAGGCCAAACUCCAUCAGCAGGCAGUACUCGCCGGCUUCGAUAAGGUCACCGCAAGAGACGUUGGAUCCGACAGCAAGGCCGACACUGAGAGACUUAAGGCGCUGCAGGCCCAACUCAACGCAGCCAACGCUUUGGUCAAGAAGUACCAACAAGAGGCGGAUGCCGCUGCUGACAAGCUUCGCACUGCCGAGGAGCGCAUCGCUGGCUUAGAGGUGUACCAGGAGCAAUCCAGUCGUGAAGGCGUGGCAAUCAGAAGGCAACUCCAGGCGGCUCUGCGGGACACUCAGUCUCUGCAGGCUAAGAACUCGGACUUGAAGCACCAGCUUCAGAACCAGCAGCUAGAGACCAACGCAAUGACUGUGCAGCACAACACCUUGAAGGACAUUCUGGUCGAACGUGGUAUCAGCCCCACCGGCAUGUCGCGGACCCGCAGCAUUGGCAGCCCCCGCAUGAACACCCCAGACCAAGUACGCAUCCGGGAUCUCGAGGAUCAACUCAACGCUGCCCUGUCCGCCCACGAGGAGAACGCCCAGCGCAGCGCGGCUCAGCAAGAGGCCAGCGAAGCUGCCUAUCGUGAAAAGCUCACUCAGCUCGAGAACGAUUAUCAGUCUGCUGUGCACUACGUUAAGGGCACCGAAAAGAUGCUCAAGCAGCUGAAGGAGCAACUUUCUAGGUACAAGGCGGAGAACACCAAGCUCAAGUCCGAGAUUGAUGAGCUUGAAGAGCGUGUCGAGGCGUCCGCUGCAAAGACUGGAAAUGCCCCCGCCAAUUGGGAGAGCGAACGCCACAUCUUGCAAGAAAAGAUUGAGGCUCUCGAGGAAGAGCUGCAGGCUUCUACCGAAAAGCUCGAGAACCAGCUGAACGCGGUCAGAAAGGAACUGGAGGAGAGCAAGAAGCAACGCGAGGGUGCUCUUAAGGAUGCCGAGGAGGCUUCUCGCAAGCUUGCCGCCAACCGCCGUGACCUGGAGGAGCUCCAACAAGAGAAUACGCUUCUGGAGCGCCGAGCCCAGGAUGCCGAGGAGAAGGUCUCUCUCCUUCUAGAUCAAGUUGAGACCUCGGUCGACAGCUACCGCCGACAGAGCAGACAAGCACCGAGCAUGUCUUCCGAGUUGACGGAGAGGGGCGCCAACGGCACAAACAUGGGCCAUCAGCGCCAGGAUAGCUCAGAUGUGGACAGCACCUACGGGGCUGUCUCGGGUGGAGUCGAUGGACGCAACAGCACAGCCUUGGACAAUCUAGCAAACGAGCUCGAGACUCUGCGAACCCAUUGGGAAGCUACCAACAAGAAUUACCGCCUGAGCAACACUUUCGACUUCGAGGGCGCCGCAACCCCCACACGUAAGGACGAAGAAGUCGGAAUGGGCCUUAGCGAAAGCCUGGCUGACUGGCGCAAGCGACUUGAUGUGGACGAGCAAACAGAGAAUGAUAGAGCGAAAACGAAAAGCCGACCUGACAGGCCUUAG